AUGGGCAAACACGAAAUGAAGCGCGGAAUAUCACAGAGAUCAUCGGAUGCUGGAGACUCUCCCAAGCAUUACGCUUCGUCCAACUUGGUCGGAAAGUUCACCCAGAGCGUGCGGCGGAUCGUGCAAGAUGUCAAAGAUGAAGGAUCGCCAAGUGGUAUGAGCCGGGAGGAGCUGAUUGAAACCAACGAGCGACUGCGGGCGGUUCGCAUACGGCUGGAAGAGUCGUACGAUACUGCGAAAAAGGCAUUAGUUACCCUGAUGAACAAGUACGGUGACUCCAAGAGCCAGCGGAACGUUUUCAACCGAUACCCGAUGCUGAAGCUAAUGAUUAAGGACGUUAUUCGGCUAGAAACACAGUACUGGACACUGGUGGAAAUCCCCAAGCAAGAGAAGCUCGAAACAGUCCCUGCCUUUGUGCUGCGCGCCUGCAGCAUCAUGGAAAAAUCGCAAAAAUCGGGCGAAGGUGUCAAAACGUCGGCAAAGCUGGCGGAGGAGGCAGCCGAAAAGCGGGAACGGAUGGAGCGUCUGGAGAUGAUGACGACCGCGCAGAUAGAACAGGAAAAUACGCAAAUGAUCAAUGAUUUGUACCGCUUGCUGAAAAAAUACACCGGCUUGAGAAACUUAAUCCGCGAACUGAAGUCUGAAUAUGGGAAUUCUAAAAUCUACCCAAUUUUCCCACGAUACACGAUGCUAAAGGAUAUGAUCAAGGAUAUUAUGCACGACCCCGACUACAUGGAGGUUUGCCAUGAGGUGGAUACCAAAUAUUCGCUGUAG